GGUAGAGUCACCCGACAGCCUACAGGGCAGGGGCAUCUCAGAGCUGAGUGAAUUGUAGCCAUGGCUGAAGCCAGGAACUUCCCAAACCCCAAUGAGAUUACCGCAUUGAGAGCCAAACUCCCCCCGCAGCCGGGGAACACUGGUCGAUGGGGACAGACGUCCAAGGAUAAGACCUGGAGAUAUCUCUGCCUGGCCGUGUCCCUGAUCCUGCUUCUCAUGCUCAUUAUCCUCUGUGUGGUUCUGCCCAAAGUCUUGAAGAGGACACAGCAGGUGCAGAAGGAAGUCAUUCAACUGAAUGAAAAAGUGAUGCAGGGCCUGGGGCAUGCUAGGCACGACCUGGACUUCAUUCGGGGUGAAAUGUUCCGGCAAAUGAAGGCUGUACUGGCAGGCAAUGAAUCCUCAUGUGAGCCUUGCCCCCUGGACUGGAAGGUCUUUCAGGGCUCCUGCUACUUUUUCUCCCUGGACAACCUCACCUGGACCCAGGCUAAUGAUUCUUGUGCCCAGAAGCAAGCUCACCUGGUUAUCAUCAACAGCCGAGCAGAACAGGACUUCCUGACAUCAACUGAGCAGGUGACAUUCUGGAUAGGCCUCUUCAAAGAGGGCCAGAAAGGAAACCACAGGUGGAUGGAUGGCUCAACCCCCACCUACACUAACUGGGAGUCCAAGAAGCUACAUGAUAAUGGAACUGCCCCCUCCUGCAUGAUGAUACACAACCAUGGAUACUGGAGCAACUUCUCUUGUGAAUCAGGGAGAUUUGCUUUCAUUUGUGAGAGGCGACAGAACUGCUAACCAAGCCCUUAUACUGCACUUCCUGGGACUGAUGCAGAACGCUUGAUAUACAGCCUCAAGCCCUAUCCCUGCCUUCUCUGGGUUCUGAGUUCACAGAGGCAACAAUAGAGGACAUUUCUCCAAAGCCUAGUGUCCUUUUCUUGGCAUUGGGCUUGCUCACCCUUUAUUUCCUUUCCUGAUUUCUGCUGAGUGGAAUGUUCCAGAAGCAGUCCUGGGUCCAUCCCUGCAGGAGAAUGAUAAUUCUUAACUUCCGUUAAAUCCAGGCUUGGCCACGAUCUUGCUUGAGCCAAUGAAAUGUGAUGCGAAUUGACAUGUGCCACGUUAAGCAGGAAUCUUAAGAGCCUUGUGUGGUUCUUCCAUCUUCAUUUUGCCCUUGUCAGAAGACCACCUCUUCCUAGAAAGGACGGCUCCUUCAAAUAUGGUCCUGCAGUGAAGAAGACCCCCUUCAGGCAGAGCUUCUGCUGACCCAUAAACAUGACCAAGAAGUGAAUUUUUUUGUGGUUAUUGGCCACUAAGAUUUUGAGGUCACCAGUUGUUACCGCAGCAUACUGAACUUAUGCUGACUGAUACAGGGGACAAAGUUCCAUUUCAUAAAACCCCAAGAUCUAGGGCUUUCUUCUAACACAAAAAGCCUAAAGCUUGUGGAUACGGGGUGAUUGGGUCCCUCACAUUCAUUCAACAUUACAUUACCUCAGCCAGCCUCUCCAUCUUCCUCUUCAGCAUCUCCCUCCAGGCCAGUCUCCUCUCUGGUUCCCAGUGAGAUUGUUCUAAGACAUCUCCAAAGCCUCUUCACCAUCUGGCCACUUCCCUUUCUUCACGCCCCUCACACCUCCAUGUGUUUGCUCUUGUAGUUUUCUUUGCCUGGAAUGCUCCCUGCCCCUGGCUUCCUGUGGGACAUUUCCUCAUCCUUCACUGGGCCCAAAUCAACUGGUACCAUCUGCAUGGGCUACUCAAGAGUCUGACUCUUGCUUUCCUAUCAGAGACCUUUAUUAACUUUGUGAUUAUGAUUUACGUUGUACAAUGCAGUGGAUUCUUAACCCAUUAAAAAAAAAAAU